GUCGGACGGUCCAUUUAAAAGUGUAUUCUUGACGUGUGUCCCCUUUGCCGAUCCGCGCUGGUCAGUUUGAUAGCAUUUGCCGCGCGCACGCAACGCAUUUCACGCCACGACGCGCGCCCGGAACGGAUCCGAGACGAUAUUCAAUCAGCCAUCGACCUAUAGGUGUAGUGCGCUUACCGGAAGUCGAAAAGUCGCUCAUAUAUAUACACGUCGAACCACCGCCGUCCAAUCGCCGUGGACCGCGAACGAGGGCUGGAACGCCGCCGCCGCAGUCUCUUGGCCGCAACUUAGUCGUCGUCGGAUGAUGUUUAGGAUGCAGGGAGCGGUGUAAUAAUAAUAAUCGUAGCCGCCGCAGCACCAGUCCGUCAGUCGUCACACUACGCGUCCAAGACGAGCGCGAACCGGACCACGACAAUAUUUUAUUAUUACGACGAUAGUUAAUAUCUAUUUUUACACUCGUCCACGGGACAGUACGGUCGUCGUCCCGGCGGAACCCGCACCGGAACCGGACACGAACCCAUAAGUGCACCGCCACCGCGAUCAUGAACUGGUCGCGCCUGUUCUUCGUGACGGCCGUGUCCACGUUCGCCAUGACCGGCGUCUGCGGCUCGUACAUACUGGAAGACACGCCGCUCCACUGUUCGGUGCGACGGAGCAUAUCGCCGUGCACGUGCAGCUACUUCACCGGCAUGGUCCGGCCCAAGAUCAUGGUCAUCUGCCAGAAGAUGGUGUCGUUCGAGAGCGUCAUCGGCGCGCUCCAGAACAAGUUCGACGCGGUGUUCGACUACGUGCUCAACAUCGAGUACUCGGAGCUCCACGACUUGGACACCAGGCGGUUCAACGAGCUGGGCUUCCCGAUCGUCGACCUCAAGCUCACCAAAAACAAUCUCAGCACGCUACCGGACGAGGCUUUCAUCGGUAUGAACAGAAUACGGAUCCUGUACUUGUCGGACAACAGGCUCUGUGCGGUGCCCACUCAGAUAUUCAAGCACAUGCCCAGUAUUGAGGUGUUGGACUUGGCCAGAAACUCCAUACACAGCGUUGCAUCCGGAGACUUCCAAAGUCUAUCGCUGAUGAACACAUUCGUGAUGGCCACGAAUAAUUUGACCGAUAUAACUAACGGAUCGUUCCCCACGACGUUGAGGAAAGUCCAAUUGGCUGCCAACAACCUGACGGAAUUAAAUGGAAAUUUGAGAAACCAAAAAGAACUGGAAUGGCUGUACUUAUCCAACAAUCGGAUAAAAAAUCUCGACGGAGAAUUGCCAAUCGACAACGACAGACUCAUAGUCUUGGACGUGUCUAAGAACAGGUUAACUCAUUUGCCACCAGAACUCAACUGUCUCAAGGCGCUGAGGUAUUUUUACUGCACAUUUAAUCAGCUGACCGGUCUGAACAAAACACUGUCCAAGUCGAAAAAAUUGGUUUGGCUUGAGCUCACCGGCAACAAGAUACAAGAGUUGGCGUCCGAUGAAUUCGAAGAAGCAUCUAUGAUCGAAGUGUUAGAACUGAGCAACAACUGCAUCAAACACUUGAACAAAUCGCUGUUGCCACUUACUCAAUUAUCCGAGAUUAAUUUGUCAUACAAUAAAAUUGCCGAAUUCUCGUUGGUUGAAAUCAAGGGAUUGAAGGAACUCAAGUUGGUUGAUUUGUCACACAAUACGAUUUCCAAACUCAGUGGCCACUCUGAGAUUAUAAGCGAACCAGUGACUGGAAUCGAACACUUGAAGUUGGAUCACAAUGAGUUGGAGUCGCUUGGUGGAUCGUUGAUUGGUAUAAAAACACUUGUCAAACUGAAUAUCAGUCAUAACAAAUUCACUGAAAUAUCGCCGUACGAUCUGACCGGAUUAAAUUUAAAAAUCCUAGAUGUAUCUCACAAUCUAUUGCACAUACUUCCAGACUCGUCUCAGAUUCAUUUGCCGGCUCUCGAGACGUUAGUAGCAUCGUACAACGUUUUAACCGGGUUGUCGAAAGAUUUCCAAGGAUAUCCCGUUCUUUGCCAUGCUGAUCUCGAGUUUAACAGCAUAAUKACCAUCCAGGAAGAGCUGGUUGAAAUGACCCAAUGCAAAUUGCACGGAGUGAACAGCACGUUGAGAAUUUAUUUGGAAGGWAACCCGGUGCUGUGCGACGACAACACGAAAAUCAUAACGAAGGCGAUGGAAUUGAAUCACAACGCAGAAGUCAGUGGCACCGCCAAGUGCAUUCCCGUCACAAACGACAUAAAAAUAUCUAACCUGACCGAGAUCGACCAGUCYCCAAUAACCGUGAUCGUGACCUGACGGUGACCAUUGUCGACUAUACGCGUAUUAUAUCUUCGAAUUAAUAUAUUAUUAUAUUAUUAUGUUUCCGUGUUAAUAUUAUAAUUAUUAUUU